CUUUCGUUGGUGUCCUUUUCUACGCUCAUUUUGUUUAGAUGCUACAGUUAUAUUACUUCAAAGUUUUUACAAUUUGAAGAAAACUUCUAUCCAUACCACAUUUACAAGACGAAAAAACGAAUGCAGCUUUAGUCACUCUCACAACAAUAAAAAAUCCAACAUUAAAAAAACUGCGUUAGAAUGGAUUACGACGAAUCUAGCACUAAGGGUAAAGGACGUGGUCGUGGUCGCGGAUCCCGAGGUGGAGCCCGCGGACGAGGUCGUGGUCGUGGCCGUGGACGUGGUAAGAAAGCUUCGCGGGUUAUAUCGUCCGAUGAGGAGGAGGAUGUCGAUUCCCCGGAGCAGACCGACAAGGAUAUUGAUGAACCGACAGAAAUCGCUUCACCGCCAAAAGGAGGGCACGAGUCGGAAUCGGUAUCCGCUCAGGAACCUAGCGGGGAAAAAGAAUCAUUGAUGGAGGAACCUUUGUCGGCGACUCCUGGCUCCAUACCGAUUGUUAUCGAUAUGGAAGCGGAUAUUUCCCAGCUAGAAGCGCCUACCUUUACGACGAUAUCCCGUGGACCACCGGAGCCUAUGUUGAGACUAAACUGGGAUCACAAGGUAAAUCUUAUUGGAGAAAAAGUGCUCAAUCCGAUGAUUUACAUUUGUGAUUUAUGUGACAAACCCAUCUUAAUUUAUGGUCGCAUGAUUCCUUGUAAGCACGUAUUUUGCUUGAAGUGUGCUCGUUCGGAGAAUCUUAAAAUUUGUCCGCGCUGCAAAGAAAAAGCCGUUCGAGUAGAACAAACCGGUCUAGGCACGGUAUUUAUGUGUACCCAUGGAGGAACUCGGUAUGGUAGCACCGGCUGCCGAAGAACUUAUCUCUCACAGCGAGAUUUGCAAGCGCAUAUUAACCAUCGACAUGUGACAAACCCACCACAGCCAGUUCCGCCACCACAGAUAUCCAUCUUACAACCAACCGGUGGACAAGUUCUCGAUGGCAAAAAUCCAACCGGAAUAGGAAAGUCUCCGGUGCGAAAAAAUUCUUGCGAACAAAUGAAUUCACCCCGCGCUUCUGGCCAGGGACCGUUGUCCAUGAAUUACGUUAGCAGCUCAUAUGGGGUUUCAUCUGCCGCAACUCAACUGAUCCACAACAUGACGAUAACUCCUCAGACUGCUCAUUUAUCCGAACGAUCUAGCUACGGUCAACAAUCAUCACCGCGACAUUCGAACUCAACAUCCUGGGGACAACAGUCACAAUACUACCGAUAGUCUAAUCGGUAAAGCUGCCUCGUGACCGUCAUAGGAAAAUGUGCGCUCACUGGCAAGUACUGGAACGAAGUCUAUGACUUUUUCAAUUUGUAUCAUUACAGCAACAAAUAAA